AGAGAAAAUUCGUCAGCUUGGAGAGUGUAGAUUCACGUCACUGCCCUGACUGUGGACGCCCUUCCAUCUUUUCACCUUUUUUCAAGGCUGUCCUUCUUCUCACGCGCUUAACAAUGGCGGUGCUUUCCAUAUUCUUCAUCUUCUUCCCUUAAUUCCUUCAAUACCUCUCUACUCCUUCUUCUUACCUUCUCCCUCUCCCUCCGCCUCUCGCACCGUCGCCUUCCUUUUUCAUUUUUUUUCUGCGUUUUUCGCCAUGGAGUUCAAGUUUCGUGCCGGCGAUCACCGACCUCCGCCACCGCCACCGCAACAGUAUGUUCCUCCUUGGCCGCUGGCUGUUUAUUGUUUAUCUAACCAAAGAUUUCCAGAACCCUGUCUCAGACGAACCACGGACAUACUCGAUUCAAACAAGGAAAUGCUCUGGGAGAUGGAGUUAAUGCGAUUGAGAGAAGAGAAAUUGCUGGCGGAGAUUGAACGGCAGCGAUUUCUGAAAGAGGAAGCGAGGAGAGAAUUGAUGUUGUUCGAACGAGAGAUGGCGAUUCGAGGAGUUGCGCAGUUGGCGGGAUUUCCUCUCCGACAGCCGCAACGCUGGGGAGUGCCUUUCAGCGCUGCUGCAGCAGCGCCUUCUCCGUCUUCAUGUCCAUUGCCGUCGCCGGCGGUAGUGGUGCAAUCGUUUCAUGAAUGGCGGAAGAUGGAGCAAGCAAAAAGUUCUGACCGCCUAGGGUUUCGUGCAGUGGCGUUGCCGCCGCCGCCGCCGCCGCGGAUUCAGCCAUUAAUGGUGGAAGACAAAAAGGAGCUUGAAGUACUAGAGGCCGUUAAAAGAGAACUCAUUGUACUGGAAAAGCCUGACCCAAAUGUUUUUAGAGAAAAGAGAAAGGCCUCGACAUCACUGUCCACCAAUGACAUCCAACUGUCUAUUGUGAAGAAGGCUUCCAAGGAUGAGUGGAGUUGUGUCCUGUAUAAGGUGACCACAACAAACAAAAUGAUGUUUAAUCAACACCUUCAUGGCAAGAAACACCAGCGCAAAGAAGCAAGUCUGAGGGCUCAAAAGGAGAUCAACAUUUCCCGGGCUGCACCCGAGUCAUUACUGAAGAAAAGGAGAAAGCUAUGCAAAGCCACAGAGAUGCUCAGUUCUGCUGCAGUAGGUGCAGAAGCAAAGGAAUCAAAACAUGAAACACUUCAAGGUGAGAAAAAUGAUGGCAGUUUCGACAUGAAUGCAUUAGUAGUUCCAAGCUUUCUGAAAUUAGGGGACAAAGAGGAUAAUAAGCAACAGAACAACCAGAUAACAUUUGGCCAAAACUUGAUUGGUGAGGAUGAUAUCGUGGCAGAAAAAAAGUUUAAUUUCUGGUGUGAAAAGUGCAAAGUUGGUGCUUAUGAUACAAAAGUGAUGUUAGCUCAUGUGAAUGGGAAGAAACACCAAACAAAUCUUAAAGAAGUUGGUCAAACUGGGACAGGGCAGCCAUUGUAGUAGCUUUAGCUUUCAAGAAAUGUAGAUACUGGACAGAAGAAGAGCAACGGUUGACAGGUGUUGCUUGGUGUUUUGGUGGGCAGGGUGGUAAAGUAGGGACAGUUUAGAAUGACUUUUAGAAUGGUAAAGCUAACCCCUAAGUGCUUUUCAAAGUUUUCAUGGCGUUUGAUUGCACAGUUAAAAUCACUUUUAACAAUUGUUCACAUAGAAGUCUUAGGAGUCUAGUAAUUUAUGAGUUUAUUUAGUUAAUAUAUAGUCUCAUUUUAAUCUUUUAGUGCUAAA